GGCAGUUCGCUAGUCAUCGAAGUUAACUUUUCAAUUCCAAUUCCGAACUAGUGGCGGAGGGUGGUUGAGAACAAAGGGCGGCAGCAAGCGUCAUGCUUCUAGUUUAGCGUGAAAUGCCGGAGCGUCUAUUUGUGUCACAGGCCCGCUGAUAUCAGUGAAGAGAGAGAAGAAGGCACAAGGCAAGGGGAAGCCGGAGAAGAGAGAGCCGACCGGGGUCCAAGAUGCAGCCGGCCGCGGUGCUGCGGGGCGCACUGUUAACUUUGGUGCUUAGCCUGAGUGCAGGAGUUGAGGGGAGUGCUGAGUGUUCCUGUGGGAGGAACCACUUCACAUGUGCUGUCAGUGCGUUUGGCGAGUGCACCUGCAUACCAGCUCAAUGGCAGUGCGAUGGAGACAACGACUGUGGAGAUCAUAGUGAUGAGGAUGGAUGCAUGCUUCCCACCUGCUCACCGCUGGACUUCCACUGUGACAAUGGCAAAUGUAUACGACGUUCGUGGGUCUGUGAUGGAGACAACGACUGCGAGGAUGAUUCUGAUGAGCAGGACUGCCCUCCUAGAGAAUGUGAGGAAGAUGAGUUUCAGUGCCAAAACGGCUACUGUAUCCGCACCCUCUGGCACUGUGAUGGAGACAACGACUGCGGGGACAACAGCGAUGAACAGUGUGACAUGCGUAAAUGUUCAGACAAGGAGUUCCGCUGUACGGAUGGCAGCUGCAUUGCUGAGCACUGGUAUUGUGAUGGAGACACAGACUGCAAGGACGGAUCUGAUGAGGAAAACUGCCCCUCAGAUGUGAUGGCAGCCACCUGCAGCGUCGAGGAAUUCCAGUGCGCAUAUGGCCGCUGCAUCCUGGACAUCUAUCACUGCGAUGGAGAUGACGACUGUGGAGACUGGUCGGAUGAGUCAGACUGCUCGUCCCACCAACCAUGCAGGUCUGUUGAGUUCAUGUGCAGCAGCGGGAUGUGCAUCAAUGCAGGCUGGAGAUGUGACGGCGAGUUCGACUGUGACGAUCAGUCCGACGAGAUGAAUUGCACCACAUCCAUGUGCACAGCUGAUCAAUUUCGGUGUGGAACUGGACGCUGCGUCCGGUUGUCUUGGAGAUGUGAUGGUGAAGAUGACUGUUCAGACCGCAGUGACGAAGAGGGUUGUGAGAAAGCUGAGACGUCACCUUGUGCUCCAGACCAGUUCCAAUGUAGAAAUGGACGCUGUAUUGGUCUGAGGAAGGUGUGCAAUGAGGUCAACGACUGUGAGGACGGGACUGAUGAACUUCCCCACCAUGAAUGUCGUCCACGCUCCAGUGAUGGCAACUGCAACCAGAAUAACGGUGGUUGCUCCCAGAAGUGUCAGAUGGUCCGAGGACUGGUCCAGUGCACCUGUCACACUGGAUACCGACUGAUGGAUGACGGCAGAUCAUGCCAUGAUGUGGACGAGUGUGCUGAAGAAGGCUAUUGCAGUCAGGGCUGCACCAACUUAGAGGGCGGCUUCCAGUGUUGGUGUGUUCAGGGCUAUGAGUUGCGGCCCGACAAGCGCAGCUGCAAGGCACUGGGUCCAGAGCCAGUUCUUUUGUUUGCCAAUAGAAUUGAUAUCCGUCAGGUUCUUCCACACCGCUCUGAGUACACGCUGCUGCUCAACAACCUUGAAAACGCCAUUGCGCUCGACUUCCAUCACAGCCAAGAGCUUGUUUUCUGGUCAGAUGUGACAUUGGACCGCAUCAUGAAGGCCAACCUCAAUGGGUCCAAUGUGGAAGAGGUUGUCUCCACUGGCCUGGAGAGCCCAGGUGGGCUGGCCAUUGAUUGGAUCCAUGACAAAUUGUACUGGACAGACUCUGGGACAUCCCGCAUUGAGGUGGCCAACCUGGAUGGGACUCAUCGCAAGGUGCUGCUGUGGCAAAACAUGGAAAAACCACGGGCCAUUGCGCUGCACCCUAUAGAAGGUAAGAUCUACUGGACCGACUGGGGCAACACGCCUCGCAUCGAGUAUGCCAAUAUGGAUGGCUCAAACCGACGUGUUAUUGCCGACACGCACUUGUUCUGGCCAAAUGGCCUUACGAUCGACUAUGCUGGCCACCGCAUGUACUGGGUGGACGCCAAGCACCAUGUCAUCGAAAGAGCCGAUCUGGAUGGACGCAAUCGUAAAGCUGUCAUCAACCAAGGCCUUCCUCAUCCAUUUGCCAUAACUGUGUUUGAGGACAGCCUCUAUUGGACAGACUGGCACACCAAGAGCAUUAACAGUGCCAAUAAAUUUACUGGCAAAAACCAAGAGAUUAUCCGGAACAAACUACACUUUCCCAUGGAUAUACACACCUUGCACCCCCAGAGGCAACCUGAAGGAGGCAAGAACCGCUGUGGUGCCAACAAUGGAGGCUGCAGCCACCUAUGCCUCCCUGGCAACAAGACGUACACCUGUGCUUGUCCGACUGGCUUUAAGAAGAUGGACCACAGCAAUUGUGCUAAUAGUCUUGACAAGUUCCUGCUUUUUGCCCGAAGGACGGACAUCCGACGAAUCAGCUUUGACACAGAGGAUAUGUCGGAUGAUGUCAUCCCUCUGGCAGAUGUGCGCAAUGCUGUGGCACUGGACUGGGAUGCCAGAGAUGGCUACAUCUACUGGACUGAUGUUACCACGGACUCCAUCAACAGAGCGCUGUGGAAUGGCAGCAAGCAGGAGGUGGUGGUGGACACCAGUCUGGAGAGUCCCGCAGGUUUGGCUAUUGACUGGGUGACCAACAAACUCUAUUGGACCGAUGCUGGUACAGAUCGUAUUGAGGUUUCGAAUGCAGACGGCAGCAUGCGGACUGUGCUUAUAUGGGAGAACCUUGACCGGCCCAGGGACAUUGUUGUUGACCCAGUUGGAGGUUUCAUGUACUGGACUGACUGGGGUGCCAACCCAAAGAUUGAACGUUCAGGCAUGGACGCUUCGAGUCGCAUAGUCAUCAUCUCUUCCAACUUGACAUGGCCCAAUGGACUUGCUAUUGACUAUGAGACUAAACGGCUGUACUGGGCAGAUGCUGGCAUGAAGACAAUUGAAUACGGAAACUUUGAUGGUUCUGACCGACAGGUUUUGAUUGGCAGUCAGCUCCCUCACCCCUUUGGCCUCACUGUACAUGAAGACAUGCUAUACUGGACAGAUUGGCAGUCUAAGAGCAUCCAGAGUGCUAACAAGCUCACUGGCUUGGGACGGUACACGCUUGCGGAAAAUCUGGAGAACCUCAUGGAUAUCCACUUGUUCCAGAGACACCGGGAAACAGUACACAACCCAUGUGCAGUGAAUAAUGGAGGCUGUAGUGACCUCUGUCUCCUGGCCCCCGCUCCCAAAGCCUACAGUUGUUCAUGUCCCACUGGCAUAAACCUUCAAGCGGAUGGAAAAACCUGCACACCUGGGAUGAACAGCUUCCUUAUAUUUGCACGGAGGACAGACAUUAGAAUGGUGUCUUUGGACAUUCCUUACUUUGCUGAUGUGGUUCUUGCUGUCAACAGUUCCAUGAAAAACACGAUUGCUAUCGGAGUCGACCCGCAAGAUGGAAAAGUGUAUUGGUCAGACAGUACACUUAAAAAAAUCAGCAGAGCCAACAUCAAUGGGACUGCUGAUGAAGAUGUAAUUUCUACAGGAUUGAUGACAACUGAUGGCCUGGCAGUAGAUGCAGUCGGCCGAAAGAUAUACUGGACCGAUACAGGAACCAACCGGAUAGAAGUUGCCAAUCUGGAUGGUUCCAUGAGGAAGGUUCUGGUGUGGAAAAACCUGGACAGCCCUCGUGCCAUUGCCCUUUAUCACGAAAUGGGUUAUAUGUACUGGUCCGACUGGGGAGAACAUGCUAAGCUGGAGCGGUCAGCAAUGGAUGGGUCAGAACGAGUGAUCCUCAUCAAUAACAACCUGGGAUGGCCCAAUGGUCUCGCUAUAGAUAUGGCUGGCUCACAACUAUUGUGGGCUGAUGCUCAUACUGAGCGCAUUGAGGCAGCCGAUCUAAACGGCCAAAACCGCCACACCCUCGUCACGCCUGUCCAGCACCCGUACGGUCUAACUCUUUUGGGAUCGCACAUCUAUUGGACUGACUGGCAGAGCCGGAGCAUCCAGCGGGCAGACAAAAAUUCUGGUGCCAACACCAUAACUGUACGUGCCAACCUGCCGGGACUGAUGGACAUUCAGGCCGUGGAUAGAAACAGAGCUCUGGGAUUCAAUAAAUGUGGCAGGAGGAAUGGUGGCUGCACUCACCUGUGCCUGCCUCGUCCCAAUAGUACUUCUUGUGCUUGUCCCACUGGCAUCCUGCUCAAGGGAGAUGGUAGAUCAUGUGACGACUCCCCCGAGACCUUUCUUCUCUUCUCAAACCGUGUCAGUGUGCGGAGGAUCUCCUUGGACACUAAUGAUCACACAGAUGUGCAUGUACCUGUGCCUGAGCUUCACAAUGUUAUUUCGCUAGACUAUGACAGUAUAGAUGGAAAACUGUACUACACUGAUGUCACCUUGGAUGUGAUAAGACGUUCAAACCUUGAUGGCAGUGGCAUGGAGACUGUAAUCAGCCAGGGCCUGAAAACCACAGAUGGGCUGGCUGUGGACUGGGUGGCUAGAAACAUGUAUUGGACUGACACCGGACGAAACACCAUUGAGGUGGCACGUAUAGAUGGAAACAGCCGCAAAGUCCUUGUCAAUAACAGUUUGGACGAACCCAGAGCCAUUGCGGUGUUUCCAAGCAAAGGGUUCCUAUUCUGGACCGAUUGGGGUCAUAUCGCAAAGAUUGAGCGAUCCCACCUGGAUGGCACAGACCGCAAAGUUCUCAUCAAUACUGACCUGGGUUGGCCCAAUGGACUCACAUUAGAUUAUGACACACGGAGGAUUUUUUGGGUUGAUGCCCACUUGGACAGGAUUGAGAGUUCUGACCUGAAUGGGAAACUCCGUCAGAUCCUCGUUAGCCCAGUGUCCCACCCCUUUGCCCUAACGCAGCAAGACCGCUGGAUCUAUUGGACUGACUGGCAGACUAAGUCCAUCCAGCGGGUGGACAAACACACUGGCCGUAACAAGGAAACUGUCCUGGCCAAUGUUGAGGGCCUUAUGGACAUUAUCGUGGUAUCACCUAGCAGGCAGACAGGUACCAACCUCUGUGGGGUAAACAAUGGAGGCUGUACUCACCUAUGCUUUGCCAAGACCAACAGUUUUCUUUGUGCAUGCCCAGAUGAGCCAGACGGCAGACCAUGCUCAACCAUUGCAGGCUACAUCCCUACUUCUCCCAGCAGAGAAACCAGCAGCACCCCUCUCCCUAAAGCUCCAACAGAAACCUCCCAAAGAGGACCCCCAGUGGUCAACUGCACUGACAAGAACCUAAACGUAGAAGGAUGCUUACAGAGUAAUGUUGUUACUGCUCCCCAGGGCGAAGGACUGCAUGUCAGUUACGUGAUUGGGGGAGUUUUAACUAUACUGGCUAUUCUUAUUCUCAUUGUUGCUUUGAUUAUUUACAGACAUAAAAAGUCAAAGUUUGCUGAUCCAGGAGUUAGCAACCUGACCUACAGUAACCCUUCAUACCGGACUUCCACACAGGAGGUCAAGAUUGAGGCCUCCCAGAAGCCUCCGAUAUAUAAUCAACUUCGAUAUAAGAAAGAGGGUGCUGUGGACGGAGGCUAUGCUAAGGAGAAGAUCCGUAUCGUGGAGGGUGUGUGUCUUCUGUCCACGCAGGAGCUUUACUGGGACGAUCUCAAACAGAUCAAGCCAUCACGAGGGGGCCUGCACACCUGCAUGCGCACAGACACCGUUUCGCUGCAGGCAAGCAGCGCUUCACUGGAUGAUGGCGAGACGGAGCAACUCCUUCAGGAGGAGGUGUCAGAAUGUUCCUCCAUUACCACCCUGACCCCUUCAGCCAUCACCCCUCAGCGUCACGCCCAGCACAGCCUGCCAGACACCGGCUGGAUGUCCUUGCGCAAGCCCUCCACUGAGAGUGAAGUGUGAGGGCGGCCUUGGUGCUUUAUAUCUAUCAACCUCAAUUGCAAAAACGUCUGUAUUUUUAGCUGGUACAGACAUGGACAAUUCAAGGUACUAGCGCGGAUGCAUAUUUAGUCAAUAUCAAACGAGUUCCUAACUGAAGUCUUUAUCUGAAACUGGGGCUCCGUCCUACUUGUACACGCACACAUACGUGGGCCCUCAUAAUAGCCUACUGUGCUAAAAUGGUAAACAAACUGGUAAACUAAUUAGUAUGCCGGAAUAUGUAACAGUAAAGGACUCUUGGAGGAAGUGACCAGAGAUAGAAACACAAAAAGGAUGCAGACGCUCAUUGUGACAUGUCUCUCUGUACCACAUCGCCGCUUUGAGGGGAUUCCUUGGGUUCUGCUGAAUCACCAUCUUCCUAGGACUUUGUAACUAUGUUGCCCUAAAACCACUCAUCUCUUUAUGAACUCUAUUUAUGAAAGAUUUUUGUACCUUCGAAGUGGGCUUUCAGACUUUCACAGAACAGUGAGUGUUGUGUUGGGCUUUGUGCAGCAGAUAUUCAAGUGUUAUAUUUAUGACAGUGCCAAAGGGCGGGGCUUUGCCAAGUCUCCAUGCUUCUUCUUGCAUUUACACAUCAAUGGAAAGGUGUCACAAUUUGAAAUUUGUUUCAUUUCAAAUCGGUAGAAGCCCUUUGUGGUAAUGUUUUUAGAUUUAGCGGGCAACUUCAGUUGAUUGCACAAGUAUAUUUAUGCAAAUGCUGCCUAAAAGGUCUUUAAGUCGAAAUUUAACCACUGCUCGUCCUUAGACUAAUCUAAGGAAGUUGCAGUGAUGUAACGGCCAAAGUGCCAGAUACUUCAUCCAGGCACUAUUCUUAACUUAAAAAAAAAAAAAAGUUUAAUAUGUGUCACAGCAAAGGCUCCGAUUAUGGCUGUGUGAUACUUCAGUUUUUCUUUUUAAUAAAUUACAUAAAUUUCAAUUAUUUUUUUUCUGUCAAUAGCAAAACAAUGAACUUAAAUGAUUUUAGAAAAAGGCCGCAAUAUAACUGAAAAAUUGAAAGGGGUCUGUACACACACAAUGUGUGACAAGUUAAAGGAAAAGCACACAAAGAUAGAGUGUGUCAAACCAGAAAGUCUUUUGUGGCAGUACAUGCUUUGGAAGUUGGUCCUUUACUUUGUCAUACCCAGCAAGCCUGGCAUAGAUAUUGACAAAACGUCAUUUUAACAAAACAUUUCAUUGGUUAUUUGUCCCUGCAAUUCCUUUAACGAUAUUCGCAGCACUUCCAGGUAUGGUUGUAAUGUCAAACCUCUUGAUUUGAACAAUUUUACAACAAAAAUCUCAAUUCGCCGAUUAGGUUUUUUUUCCAGCACAAGAGCGUUUUAUUGUAAAUGCAUCUAGCGGCACCACUGUACCAAACCUGAAAUUGCUCAGAUAUCAUUUUGUAAGGCUGCUAAAAUAUAUGAUCUGUGCUGUUUAUAUCUACAAUAUAUCCACACACAUGGAUAAAGUUAUUGGUAAUCCUCUUUUAAUGAAAGAAAAACCUACAGUUGCCAUAGGAAUAACCUGAAUCUGACAAAAUCAUUACAUGAAACAUUAAUGAAAAUUAGCCAUUGAAAUCAGACAUUGCUUUUGAAUUGCUCAAGCAGAAUUUUUUUUGUUUUUAAACAAAAACAUGAAAUAGGGCUGGACAUAAGUGAAGGUCCCCUUAAUGUUUGUUGCACAAACUUUUUAGGCAAUUACAGCAGUCAAAUUAUUUUAGCGGGUAUUCUGGCCACUCUGGACUGGAACAAACUGGUUCAAUUGUCUCAGAUUUGAAGGAUGCUUUGUCCAUAUGUAACUCUCUAGAGUACCGUGAUAGUCUUGAGAUUUUAUUGUUCUGUGCACAUAUUGAAGACACCCUGUGCCAGAUGAGGAAACGAUGCCCCAGAGCAUAAUAAACCCUCUUCCAGCUUGCUAAGUUGGGACAGUUCUUUUUUUUGGUAUGCUUCAUUUUUGCAUCUGUGAACAUAGAGCUGAUGUGUCUGGCGAAAAAGUCAAGGUUUUGUCUUUUCUUCCAGAAGCUUUGUGGCUUGUCAACGUGCAGUUUGGCAGAUUCCAGUCUCACUUUUUUUAUUUUGGGGGGAGGGGGGCUGUGUCCACCAACACUUGGAUCCUGCGUGGUUGUCUGUCAUGAAGCCCACUUUGGAUCAAACGACAGAUGGUGUUGUUGUUCGCCAAUUUGUCACCAUUUUUAUUCUCUUUCUCUUCAUCCAUCCAUUAUGUGAGCUGCUUAUCCUCACAAGGGUCACGGGAGUGUUGAACCCAAUAGCCAUGUCUUCAAUUUGUCAUGAUUUUUCCUCCUGCAGCCACAUGCAGGGAGGUUUGCUACAGUCCAGCAUCUCUUACAAUCAUGGAAUAGCAAAUGCCGUUGUAGUCACAGGAAAAUCAAGCUGCUUGGAGAUGGUCUUUAAUGUGCUUGUCCAUUUUAUUUUUGAAUCUCCUGAGAAAGCUCUCUCCUUUCCUUUGUAUGGUUUAUGUUUACUGUGGUACACCCCACUUCACCAAACAGCAUAGUGAGUCCCUUUCACCCUUUCAAUGGGCCACCUGACUGAUGGUAGGUUGGAAGAUGGCUGUAAUGCUAAAUAGAGGACUUGCCUUGUUUGAACAUGUCCUUUUUCUAGGGGUAUCAUCCUAUUUGUCCAGGCCUGUUUCAUGGAUUUUAAAAUAUAUAUAUAUAAUUCUGUUGAACCAUCAUUAAAAGCAAUGUCUAAUUUUUGUUUGUUAAUUUUCAUUAUAACAUGAUAUUACACACAGACAUUCUAAGUUGUUUUGGUAUAAGAAUACCACAUUUUCUUAACGGAACUUGAUUAAAUAUCGUGUUUGGCGAUGUUAUGUUGAAUACAUUAAUAUUAGCACAUCUUCCAACCUGUGCAAUUUUUUUAUUAAUUCUCUUAUGACACAAAAGGAGAUUGACACAUAAAUAACAAUGUGAAUCAAAACAAUAAUAUCUGCCAUUUAAUUAAAUUUUUGGGGCAAUUCCAAAUCUGCAAUAAAUAAAAAAAGUGCACUUGCAGUAUCUGCAAUGAUAGUGUAGCGUAAUUUAGAAACACUGUGCAAGAUGGACCAGUGAGGGCUGUAGUUUAGCAGCAGAGUAUAUGACUUUAAAAGAUUCAACCUACAGCUGUCAUGUGUUGCUUUACCUUUUCAAAUGUUUUGACCUGUGUCGAUGGCAAGACUCCAGUAUAUUGCUACUUGGACAACUAUGUUUAUGUAUUUUUGAAGAAUUUGCUAAAAGCUCAGCGACUUGCUGUUUUGCUGCUAGACAAAGCACUGAAGCCAAUGAAAGAGGAUCUUGGCAGCUACAGAACUCGUCCCUGACAGUUGGUUGACAGCCAGCCAAUUUACAGAGUGACCCAAUUUAUCAUCAUCCCAGCUCACAGUCCCUCCAAGUCUGCUGCAGCAAUGCUAUAACUGUAUAAAUUGUAUCUCACAGAUAUAACGUUUCAGUUGAAGAUAUUGUUUUGAUUGAGCUGUAUAGUCUUGUACAAAGGGAUUUCAUGACUGUAAUUAGAAGUGUAUUAAUUUUACUCACUGGAGAACACCACCCACCCACCCCACCCUCCUCCACAUUUGUUGGAUUAUUUUAACCACUGUUUCCAAGCCUUGUAAAUGACAGGGAAUAUGACAUUUAUUUAAUAGUCCUCCUUUAUGAAAUACUGGUCGCAUAUAGUUGUAAAGUUAACAAUAAGAGGUAUUUAUGAUUUGUUUGGUUGUCAUUUGUUGUGUAAAUAUGAGCAGACUGUAUUUCCAUGGCAGUACUAACAAGCUGUGUCGUGUGAUGCUGAAUUAUUCCUUUGCUAUCUUUUAAUAUAAAA